ACCAAUGGUAAUUAUAGUCUACAAUAUUUAGCAUGGGUGUACUGGUCUAAUGGUUUUGAGUGUGCUAGAGUUUGGAUCAAACAGACAUUUAUGCCCUGGUGUGGUCAUUGUUUUAUGUUUUUAGGCAAUGCAGUUUACCCCAGUACCUCUCUUAAUCCAUGCAGAUGUUACUAUCAAACUUAUAAAACCGUGAACACCAAAAAUAUGUCUGGGAUGUUUAUUGUGUUAUAACCAAUCACAAGCAAGAUCUUCAGAAUACAGAAACCACAGAAAGCGGAUGGAUUCAUGAUCCAUCUGUCAUGGAACUAUAAAUUUAGUUUUUGGUUUUCACUAAUUGUCCCAAGAGAUACCCUCAGCCUUCAUACAUGUAUAUUAUGGAAGUUCUAAAUAAUCGCUAUUCUUUGGUAUCAAGUGCCACAUAUAGUACUUAGCUUGAGCAAAUUUUAAAAAAGAAUUGACAAGCCAAAGCGUACAGUUACUCAAGCAAAGUUACAGUUGAUUUGAAACAGCUAUAAAAUGGGGAUGGUUAAAAAUUUAAAGUUUUGCUCUUUUUGGUAACCUUGCUAUCAUUUUGGCAACUUGAUCUUUAUACAAUCACAAUCCAUAAGGUCAAUGGGCCCCGUGAUUUGGUGAUCUAAAGACUCUGGAAAGAUUAAUGAUGAUAAAAUGCAAUUGUUUCCUAAUUUUGGAAUAAGUUAUGUCUAACAGUAAACACCUUAAUUGUUUACUGUUCCUUCCCAAAUAAAUUUGCAUUAGAUGUAUACAUAUUACAAAAAUUUAAUGAAAGACUUCCAUUUUCACGAAUAUUCCUCAUGACUUUUUGUUGUUGUUAAAAUAACGACCAUAAUUUGAAUAACUGAUUUGGAUCGUUUUGCUUGAGUGAUUCAACUGCUGACCCUGCUGGUCAUACAGUCACAUCUGCCCAGCACAAUGCAUAAUGGUUUGUGAAAAUAGUUUUUCACUUUAAAAAUAUCCCAAACCCUUGUUGCAAGUGUUUAAAUAUGAUGUAACAGCAAUUAUUUAAAUUCUUGAUAUCAAAAACAGAAAAUUUUGAAACAAAACAAAUUUGUUCUAAGACUGACGGAAACUCACCUGUUUUAUGUGGUUGAAUGGAGGGUGUCUCUUGGGACAAAGUGAAAACCAAAAACUAAAUUUAUAGUUCCAUGACAGAUGGAAUGCAUCUGUUUUCUGUUGUUUCUGUGGUUUAAGAUCUUGCUUGUGAUUGGUUGUAACACAAUGAACAUUCCAGACAUAUUUUAGGUGUUGAUGGUUUUGCAAGCUUGACUGUAACUUAAGGAACUUGCAAACAAAUUCAUGCUCAAAUUGUAAUACGGUAAUCAUAUUUCAAAAUUUCCAAAUGGGACAAGACACUUGGCUGGCAUUUCCUCUAGAUCAUCAUUGUACUUUAACAUAUCUUGGCAGUGUUUAUAUACUCUGGGGGUGGUAAAUCGAAAGAUGCGUGAAGUUCCAGUGGGCCCUCUGUAGCAUUCUAUUGGGGUGUUAGUAGGGGUCUUGAUCACCUCAGACAAACUCUUGAUUGGAGUGGCUGGUACAAUAAGUAUAGUUGCAUGCUGAGGGUGUAAUAAUCUGCUGGACAGAUACAUAGACAAAUAAUCUUUAUUUAAUCAGGGUAAAAUUCAUCAGCUUUAAAAAACAAUUUAUAGCCUAAGUUCCAAGUCAUGUGACAGUUUCUCCAGAUGGUGUUUUUAGGGUUGCCAAUAACAACCAUGGACCUAGGUGUUGUAAUUGUAAAGAUUCUAGAGGUUGCUUCUUACCAAAUUUUAAACAACUAUAGGGUGGAGCAGUGCGAGAUGAUAAGUGAUUCGAACUUGGUAGAUUCAAACUGAUUUAAUGACAGAUCAAGUCCAAUAGGUAGUGACAAAAUAGCGAAAACCAGUAGAUCACAGUAUAGUGGAAGUAGUUGUAGGAGUUGUAGUAGUCGUAGUAGAUGCAAAUAGGAGUAGUAGUCGUGCAAGUAGGUGUAGUAGGUUUGAACUGAAAAGCAACAGUUAAAAUUUGUCCUACUUAGAUAGGGUAUAAAAUACAAGUAUAACAGAAUAGAACCAUAGUAAAACUAACGAGACCAUAGCAUGAAACAAAUAUGUGUGAAACAAAUAUACGUGACAAUUAAUACUUGAAACUAUAAAACUGAGACGAUAGCAACUCAUGUCGUAAUAGAAGAAGAUAUCAAUGGCUGUCUUGCAAGAAAGCUUAAUAUAGUGUGAAAGAAUCACAAUUUGGUAGUCAUUUAACAACUGGACUAUUAAUUAAAAGCAACUUGACAAUGAGACUAAGCAAUAAUAGAACUUGUGAAAGCAAUUUCAACAAAACCUUAGUGGAAAGACUAAUUGAAACCUUUUCGUAAAAGAGAAAAGACUAACAGUUCGCAACUUAGCAAAUAAAUAUAAAAAUUAAAACUUACGUAAUUUGGUUGACGACUCGCUCCAAGAGAUAGCAGAGAGACAGCGAAAUACACUUCAAAUAGCAGAAACUCUGAUCGUAGCAUGGUAGCAGUGUAACUUCACUAACAAUCUCUGACUAAAAGUAGUUGUGUGUAUUCUUUUAUUGGCUAUGCUACAUGAAAAACUAAGGCAUUGUGAGAAACAUGGUGCCCAAAAUAGAGACAAUUUCCUGGUGGCCAAAAUUCUAGAACUAGCUACAUGUAUUUAAUAUGUGUGAAAAUCAUAAUUUUUAUGGAAGCUUUGAUUUUGAAAUCAUGUACUUGGCCUGAAUAAUAACUGAUAAUAAAUCAGCAGGAAGUUUCAUAGGAAAUUGAUAAGCGAUUGGCAUUUCAAAACUAACAGGUGUCUCCUUUUUUUAAUCACUGAGCCUUCUGUGGGUAAAUCUGCAUGAUAUCUGUUUGUAGUUUCAACAAUCUUAUGUCUGUUAUGGUAGCCAUGUGUCAUCUUUUCCCAGUAGAUUUUCUCUCUUCAGCACACUUGGUCAGAGUCAGUUGGUUUGUGCAGUUUGGGCAGCACUUUAUUUGAAUACCACUAGGGAGUCACGUGAGCAAUGGCCGAGAGCGGCCAUGUUUUCUGAGCGGGAAGAAAUUUUUCCCUCUGCGAACCUGGAAUUGUUAUUUAAGUUUGCCUCCGAGACAAAUGCCUAUUACAAAAGGUAAAAAGAACAAGAGAGGUUCAAGAGGUUCUACAGAGGAAAAAAUAUCUGUGUUAAAGCGCCCGAACAUGGCGACCGACAAUGCACAGAGCGAAGAAGAAGUCGAAGAAGCAGAAGAGGUUGACACUACAAAAGAACCCAACCUUUACGAUAUUCAAACUUUACUCAUUAGCAUACAAAGAACCACAGAAAAUAUCCUCAAGGAGAACAACAAACUCUCGAACGAAGUUGGUGAACUGAAGUCGUCGCUUAGGAGAUUGGAAAACGAGUUGUUGGCGACAAAGACCGUGCUAAGCGAUGUGCAAAACACCAACAAGGAACUGAGAGUCAAACUUGAUGCAGCUAAACAAAAAAUCUCUCUGCAAAGAGAUGAACUAAAUGAACUGUACGAUGGCUUGGACAAUUUGGAGCAAUAUUCGAGAAAGAACUCGCUCGAAAUUGUUGGUAUUCCUGAAAGUAUUCGUGAAAAUGAAGGCACAGUACUCAAAAUCGCCAAUGCGUUGGACGUUCAAGUAAAACCCGACAAUAUUGACAUCUGCCAUCGAGUGAAAAGAAAGAAAUCCAGCCCAAUUAUUGUACGCUUCGUGAGUCAUAAAGUGAAAUCUUCUCUUUAUAAACAGAGAGUUCGACUGAGAAAUGUACAGUUUGCCGAUAUAUUUCCGGAUGCUACAGCAGCAGAUCGAGUUCAAGCCAGUAAGAUUUUUAUCAAUGAAAACCUGAUGGCAUUCCGCAGAGAGUUGGUGGGAAAAGCUAAUGCUAGGAAAGAAGAGUUAUCGUUGCUAGGAGUGUGGACCAUCGAUAGUAAAGUGUUUGUGAAGACAUCCCCUGGGGGAAGACCUAUUCGAAUUUAUUCUGAACAUGAUUUAAAUAACCUCUAGAUCGUUUGAAUGGUUAUGGUAGGA